UCACCAACAUCACCAUCAUCAACAUCAUUUCAUUUCCACUUCUACUCUUUUCACAAUUCGUUUCCUCUUGCACUAAUUUCACAACUAAUUCAACCUCUAAUUAGCACAAUCACGAUGAACUCACAAGACAACAUUCCCACAAGAAGAUCACCCAAAAGAGAACUCCAACUCCAAGGCCCUCGUCCCACACCUCUUAGAAUCAACAAGGACUCCCACAAGAUCAAGAAGCCACCGGUGGCGCCCCCGCCGGCACAACCGCAAGCUCCGCCACGCCUACCGGUGAUCAUCUACACGGUCUCUCCUAAAGUAAUCCACACCACACCAAGUGACUUCAUGAGCCUUGUUCAACGCCUCACCGGCUCUUCUUCUUCUUCUUCUUCUUCCUCUUCUUCUGAUAAGGUCGCAACGGACCCUUUAACCGGCGACAAAGGACACAUCCCUGUGUCGCCGGCGGCCCGUUACGCGGCAAUAGAGAUGGCUAGAACAACCCAAAGCAUCAAACACAACCCUAGUGAGAAUAGUGGUGAUGUUGGAGGGGUAGAAAUAGUGGGUCAUGAACGACCAAACAUGUUUCAUGGGAUUUUGUCCCCGGGACCAGCUUCUUUGUCUCCCAUUCCUUCGAAUUUCUUCUCGCCACCUUCGAACGAUCCAAAUAACAUGGUUAGUUUCUUUAAUGAUUUGAGCCCCGUCCUUCAUGGUAACAGAAAUUUUAUGGAGGGUGCUUUCUUCAUGCCUAGCCCUUCAAACUUUGUUUCACCUCAUCGUAUGCCUUCCAUUGACCUAUUCAAUGUCUUCUCCGAUUAAUUAAUUUAUUGAUUUCGUUGUUGAGUUGCUUUAGACUUCCCCAUAUACACAAAGAUAUGUGUGUGUAAUUUAGUUACUUUGGUGGGAGUAGUUUAAUUUCAUACUAUGUGAAAAGCUAGGUGACCUAAAAAAAGGUGUAGAAUGGGAAUUUAAUUGUUAUUCUUUUGGUGGGUAGCUAGUUUCAAACUUCUUUAAUGGAUUCUUUUCUUUAUUGAUUUCUUUAUUUUUUCUGGUUUUUUGAUACAACAUUAAUGAAUUUAUUUAUUAUUGGACCAUUUUGUG